AUGGCGGAAGAACAGGUCCCUCCGGCUGAGCUAGAGGCUUUGCUUAUUAAUCACCAUUCAAUUGCGGAUGCUGCUGUUGUUCCGCAAAGCGAUGAAGUCGCUGGUGAAGUUCCGGUGGCCUUCGUGGUACGAUCCAAUGGAAAGGAGAUCACCGAUGAAGAUAUAAAAGAAUAUAUAGCCAAACAGGUGGUGUUCUACAAGAGAUUGCACAAGGCGUGGAGAUGGGCGACUCUAGGGUUUCGGGCGACUCUAGGGUUUUGGGGGCUAGGGUUGAGGAUCAACACAUGGAAGACGUGGGGGAGAAAGGGAGACCACCGGGCCAAGCCACAUGAUCCGCUGAGUGUGUCGUGGGCGCACAAGUGGUGGGUAGGGGGUAGGCCGUUUCCCGAAGAAGUGGUGGAUAAGGCAUUCGUCGAAGCGAGACUUUCUUUGGAAUUCCCGGAUGGAGAUGAUGGAGAACCAGUGAUAACGAUAGGGGAGGAGGUGUUGACGGCUAUGAAUGGGAUGUGGAAGAAGUGCAUGAUAGUGAAGGUACUAGGCCGGAGUGUUCCGAUCGCGGUUAUGAGCAGGAAACUAAAGAAGAUGUGGAAACCUCGAGGGGAGAUGUAUGUCAUGGAUUUACCCCGCCAGUUCUUCAUGGUUCGGUUUGGAAUGGAGGAGGAAUAUAUGGCAGCACUAACGGGAGGACCUUGGAAAGCGUUUGAGAGUUUGCUUUUGGUCCAAGCGGGGUCACCUGAGUUCGAUCCGUUGAAUAGUGAGAUUGAGACAACGCCAGUUUGGGUGAGAUUAUCGAAUAUUCCGGUGACUUUCUAUUAUAAGGCUAUUUUAAUGGGUAUAGCGCGGGGACUUGGUAAACCGAUAAAGGUUGAUGCCACGACACUGAACUUUGAACGGGCUAGAUUCGCGCGGGUGUGUGUGGAGGUGAAUCUAAAGAAACCAUUGAAGGGUAUGUUCAUACUUGUUCGAAGAGAGUUCGUGAAAAAUGCUACUCCACCGGUGAGGCAAGUUAAUCCGGUGCGUGAGAGGGGAACUGAGAGUGCUCCGGUGGAGGAGGGGUUUACUCAGAUCCGGCGUGGUCGUCGUCAACCGAUGGAGGAGGUAGAUCAGAACAGAAUUGGAAAUCAGUCACAGGAUUUGAGGAAGAGUAGAGAUUUGCCGAAUAUUACGUUGACUAACAGUUUUGGAAGUCUUGAAGAGAAUAUUGAGGCAGGUGAGAUAAGGGAAGUACCAGAUAUGAACGUGAAUAGCGGGCUACCAAAUCACGUGAGAUUGUGGGUAUAA